UCCAGGACUCCCUCAGUAGCCCCUGAACCUGGCUUCAAUGACAAGGUACCGGUGCGUAGAUCUGUCUUCGGCAUUGCAAGGCGGGUUCGUCCUUCCGAACUCCCAGAUAGUCUUCGGACGUAUUGAACAUGUCCGGACCUGUAACAUAAGUUUUGUAUACUUCUGCAGAGGGCACAAUAAUUUAUAAAUCCAACCCACCGACAACUUUUCAUAGCACAACGCUUCGUCAUCGUCGGGACAUUAUUUUAAACCCGUUGUUAGCCCCGGGUUUCAAGGCUCGGCUUUAUUGGCACGUCUUAUCCAAGCUGAGAUCGUGUCCCCUUAUUAAGGGAUUCUUAUCAACACGAACGUGGGUGACCCAACUGUCUCUUGGGUACAACUCCUCGGGAAUAGGCAAGUUUUAAGGCCCAGGAGGAGGCAUUCGAUACAGAUUUUAUAAAGGGGUGCAGACCCGUCCCUCUCUUCCAUGCUUGCUUCUUCCUCGGCCUUCGCUACCUCGAGUUCUAACACCCAAGUUUCGAUCGCCACAAUCCUCAGUCAUGUCCGGAUCCAGCCUCCAAGGCCGGUGGGCGGCUUCUUCUGUUACAGAAGAGGAUAUUGCGAAGCUUAGGGCGGAAAGAUAUCUGACCGCGGAAAUCCUCCAUCGGCUCCCUGCUGAAGGGCAGGUUAUCCCUACCCCUAGAUCCGGCGAGAGGGUCGUGUUUGUCUCCCACUUCCUCCGAGGGUUAGGAUUCACCCUUAAUCCCUUUGUCCGUGGGCUCAUGUUCUAUUACGGGAUGGAUUUUCAUGAUCUGCCCCCGAACUCUGUCCUUCUCAUCUCGGCGUUCAUCGCCACGUGUGAGGCCUUCCUUAGGAUCCCUCCACACUUCGGCUUGUGGCUCAAGACCUUCAAUGUGAAGCCGCAGGUGAUAGAAGGGAAGCCGGCAGAGUGCAGCGGUGCCACAGUGAGCAAGCUUAAUAACGCUCUUUGGCUAAAAGGAUCCUUCACAGAAUCUUCUGACUUAUGGCAGCGGGAGUGGUUUUAUAUCACCGAGCCCCGUGGUUCCAAGUGGGCCGCUGCUCAAGCGUUUCGAUCUAGCCCUCCGACUCAGCUCGCGUCGUGGAUCAAUAAGGGGCUAGACUGGGGAUCAGUUGAUGAAGUGCAAACUCUGCAGAGCCGCAUCCAAAGCCUCCUCGAGAAGGACAUCGAUCUUAUCAAUGUGGUUCAAGUAAUGCUAGUUCGCCGGACUCUACCAUGCCAACGACGGCCUCUCCGCCUGUGGGAGUUUAAUCCGCAAGGAGCGCGAACCCUCCAACACUUCUUUGGCACGACGCACAAAGGGAUGUUGAAAUUGUUUUUCGGGAAACGAAAACAAUGGCCGGAUACCACCGAGGACAUCGGCCCCGAUUGCAACCAUCCGGAUACCCCGGGCUGGAUAAAGAAAGCGGAGCGAAUCGGGUGUUCGGCCCCCCCUCCCCGAAGACUCAGCGGAUUCCCUACUAACAAGGAUGCUGGCCCCGGCACCAUUCCAGAUGCCUAUGGAGGAGGACAAUGCGGAAAGCGGAAAGGAAAAAAGCGGCUUCCACCCCGAAGGUAUAUCGGGCACUGCGUCCGGGGGAAUCAAAAUUCCGUCGUCCGAAGACAAAAGUGAAGGAGAAGUCAAGGUACCUUCCCCCAGAGUAAGAAAAGGGGUGCCUCCGAAGAUUGGGAGGAAAAGGCCCCCAAGCGAGGCAAGAUGCCAUCGUCAGGCGGCUCGGGCUCUGAAGAUGAUGUUGUCGCACAGUUCCGUAGUGAGGAUAAGCCUCUGGCCAAAUCGUAAGUUGAACAAGGGAGUCCUUAACAUAUCUCGUUCCUUUCCCGUUACCAAGGUAACAUUGGGAAUAUAUAUUUUGUAGUCCGGCACACCGUCCUCUUCAACAAUCCUCCUCCUCGGGUGACCUUCUUCCGGAGAUGAUAGAGAGCGAAACACCUCCACCAAUUUCCUCGCCCAUUAAGGCGGACGACUGUGAAGUGUCGUCCCGGAGGGUCUCUCCCGGUCAGCAAGUAGUGCGGGGGAUGAAGAAGACAUCACCCGGAGGUGAUACCCCAGCCGCCCAGGGUCCGGGGACCAACAAUGAAGGCCCCGGACUAUCCGGUUUACAGCCCGAGAUGAUUGUAGAGACGAGCGAACGGGUUCCUUCAAAGGGAGGCCAUGCUCCAACGGCGGCUUCCGAAGAUUCGGAAGCGCCGGAUAUAUUGACGAACAUGCUGCAACAAGCGUCCGUUGAGGGAGUCCUAGACUAAGGGGUCCUCGGGCGUCCGGCCUGUUAUCCAUGGGCCGGACUGAUGGGCCGUGAAGACAUGAAGACCGAAGAUUAUGCCCGUGUCCGGAUUGGA